AUGCUUUGGAAUAAAACUAUAUUGGGUAUGAAAUCAAUCAAUACUGGGAAUAGAAAAGCAGAUACUGCAUGUGCAAAGCUAUCAAAACUUGUUCAAUUAACCAAUAUACUCAUAAACAAGGAGGGUAUCCCUUUUAAAUUAGUUGGUGAUACAAAAAGAAUAGUUUUUAGAGAAUUAGAUGGUGACACCACUGCCAACAAAUAG